AUGUUCCCCCAUUCAUCGCCAUCAUCUGCCAGACGUGGUGCCGCGACGGAGAGCGGAGGACAACGACUGCACGGACUGGAGCACGGGCAUCUACCACCUCUCAGCCCCUCCGACCCUGUCUCGCAUUCAUCCUUUCUACCUGCAGACGUUGUGCCGCGCGGAUUACCAGGGCUGCCGGACGUGGUGCCGCGAGGGCUACCUACGUGGUGCCGCGAGGGCUACCAGUGCCGGCCGGAGAGCGCGUACUGCGACCUGAAGAACGACUGCACGGACUGCAGCGAUGAGGAGCCCGAGCAGUGCUACUCCAUCUACAAGGACAUGCGCAAAGACCUGUGCAAGCCCCAGGGCCUGGUGCGAUGUCCCAACGACCCAGGCUACUGUAUCGACCCCCAGGAAGUGUGUGACAGCAUCCCGCAGUGCUCCGACGGGUCAGACGAGUUUGACUGCUUCGCCCACACGUGCCAGCCUGGCCAGAUCCACUGCCCCAUCACCGGCUACUGCGCAAAGGGCCGGCUGUGCGAUGGAACGCCGGAUUGCUUUGGGGAGAUGGGCGAGGAGGACGAGAAUCCAGACUUCUGCCAGGGGUAUGCGUGUCCGGCGGGGUGGAAAAAGUGUGCGGAUGGGCUGCAGUGUGUGGAGGCUGGUAGGUGGUGUGAUGGCGCUGUGAACUGCCUGGAUGGGAGCGAUGAAGGGGCGGUUUGUGUUGUGCCUCCUCCUCCUCCGCCUGCUACUGGAGGAUCUGGGACCAGCUCAGGUGGUUCUUCAGGUGGUUCAGGUGUUUCCAACAGCAGCAGCACUCCAGUUGUUUUGAGCAAGGAGGAGAUUGCGAAGCUGAAGAAGCUGGCUCAGGAGAAAAAGGCGGCAGCCAUGGCUGCCAAGAAGCAGAAGAUGGAAGCCAAGCGGGUGGCAGAAGAGGAGAAGACAAAGCAGCGGGCGGCCAAAAACGCUGCGAUUGAGGCAAAGAUCAAAGCUAAGGAGGAGAAAAAGGCUGCUGUUGCUGAGAAGAAAGCUGCUGCUGAAGCCAAGAAGAAGCAGCAGGCUGAAAAGGAAGCUGCAAUCGCGGAGAAGAAGAGGAAGCAGGAGGAGAAAGCUGCUGCGAUUGAGGCUAAGAAAAAGAAGGACGCCGAGAAGAAGGCAGCUAUUGAAGCCAAAAAGAAGCAGCAGGCUGAGAAGGAGGCAGCGAUUGCUGAGAAGAAGAGGAAGCAGGCAGAGAAGACUGCUGCUAUUGAGGCUAAGAAGAAAAAGCAAGCUGAGAAGGCAGCAGCGGUUGCAGCCAAGAACAAGGCAACCACUAAGUAA